AUGAGUAAAGCCAAUGCCAAUUCUUUAUCUCUAGGAUAUGGUGAUGAUUCUGAUGACUUCCGUUUAGAGGAUGCACUUGAUGAUCAUUCAACCAAGCGACCUACUCCCAAGUUGCCCAAAAAGCCAUUGGAUGGAACAGGAUAUGGGGAUGGUUUGGACGAUUUCAGUUUGUCAGAUGCACUGGAUGACCUUUCCACCAAGCGACCUACUCCCAAGCUACCCAGAAAGCCAUCGGGUGGAACAGAUGAUAUUAGCUUAUGGGAUGUGAUCCACACCACCACAACCAAGAAGCCAAAAACCACCAAGGCCCCGCCCAAAAAGAAUCCAGCAAAGGAUCCUGCGGACUUUGACUUAUCCGAUGCGCUAGAUGAUCAGAAUGAUGGGAAAGGCGGUGGGAAACCAAAUGUAAAACCUGGUGAAGGUUCGAAAGGUAAAGAUAACCCUUCAAGAGGUGGAAAACAGGCAUUUUCAGAUGACGAUCUGGCCGGUGUUCUGGACGAUGGGAAGUACCAUCCUGAUAAGAAGAAAGGUGGCAGCGACUACGAUGCAGGCACCGUCGCCGAGACUGGGACAAUAGCAGGAAUAGCCAGUGCUCUUGUCGUGGCAUUGAUUGGCGCCGUCUCCAGUUACAUUUCCUAUCAGCAAAAGAAGUUUUGCUUCAGCAUACAACAGGGUCUUAACGCAGAGUACGUGAAAGGAGAAAACACAGAAGCUGUUGUAACUGAAGAACCUCAAGUUAAAUAUUCAGUCCUAGAAACACAGUCAGCAGAGCCGCCGCCACCACAAGACAAUGCGAAGGUCUAA